GGCUCCGUGAGCCGCCAUUGUCCGCCGUCGGAGUGAACGGAAGUGACGUAACUCUCUUUAAAACGCUCUGGGUUCAACCACCACUACUUUACUGACGGAGUUGAGUGCAGAGUUUAAGAGACGCGAUGUCGGGCAGAGAAACAUCGGUUGGCGAAACGGACGUCGGACUAAUGGCUCUACAGAAGAACCUGGAGGGCUACGUGGGCUUUGCAAAUCUGCCCAACCAAGUCUACAGAAAAUCUGUGAAGAGAGGAUUUGAGUUCACACUCAUGGUCGUGGGGGAAUCUGGGCUGGGGAAGUCGACGCUGAUCAACUCGCUCUUUCUGACGGACCUGUACUCCCCCGAAUACCCGGGUCCCUCACAUAGAAUUAAAAAAACUGUACAGGUGGAGCAGUCCAAGGUUCUUGUAAAGGAAGGAGGCGUGCAGCUCCUGCUCACCAUCGUCGACACCCCCGGCUUUGGAGACGCAGUCGACAACAGCAACUGCUGGCAGCCCGUCAUCGACUACAUCGACAGUAAGUUCGAGGAUUACCUCAACGCGGAGUCCCGGGUCAACAGGCGGCUGAUGCCGGACAGCAGAGUGCAGUGCUGCCUGUACUUCAUCGCUCCGUCUGGACACGGGCUAAAGCCCCUGGAUAUUGAAUUCAUGAAGAGGUUACAUGAAAAGGUGAACAUCAUUCCCCUCAUCGCCAAAGCCGACACAAUGACCCCAGAGGAGUGUCAACAGUUCAAGAAACAGAUCAUGAAAGAAAUCCAGGAGCACAAAAUCAAAAUCUACGAGUUUCCCGAGACGGAUGACGAAGAGGAGAUGAAGAUGAUCAGGAGAAUCAAGGAUCGUUUACCCCUGGCUGUAGUCGGUAGUAACACCAUCAUCGAGGUCAACGGAAAGCGAGUGCGUGGGAGGCAGUACCCCUGGGGUGUGGCUGAAGUGGAAAACGGAGAGCACUGUGAUUUUACGAUCCUCAGGAACAUGCUCAUCAGGACCCACAUGCAGGACCUGAAGGACGUGACCAACAACGUUCACUACGAAAACUACCGUAGCAGGAAACUGGCUGCAGUGACCUACAACGGCGUGGACAACAACAAGAACAAGGGACAGCUCACCAAAACUGAGACGACUGACGGCAUGAGUCCUCUAGCCCAGAUGGAGGAGGAGCGACGGGACCACGUGUCCAAGAUGAGGAAGAUGGAACAGGAAAUGGAGCAAGUGUUUGAGAUGAAGGUCAAAGAGAAGCUGCAGAAGCUCCGAGACUCCGAGGUUGAGCUCCAGAGGCGUCACGAGCAAAUGAAAAAGAACCUGGAGGCGCAGCACAGAGAACUGGAGGAGAGACGUCGGCAGCACGAGGAGGAGAAGGGCGGCUGGGAGGCCCAGCAGAGGAUCCUGGAGCAGCAGAAGCUGGACGCCUCCAGGACCUUGGAAAAGAACAAAAAGAAGAAGAUCUUUUAAUUACUCCUGAGAACCUUUUCUGAUGUUACAGUGUAUUUUAAAAAAAAAUCUUCUUUGCCAACCCGCCAGCCUUGAUCGCCUGAGCAUCCGUCGAUCAACUCCACCCGCUGUUUGACCACAUUACUGUGUAACGCCCCCGUGAGCGCCGGGUGCAGCGUCGCCCGGACUCGUCCUCAAAGAACUGCUAUAAUCUCUGUAUGGAACCAACUGGUCUUCUUCCUCCAUGACCAUCGGGACAAAGUUCAGUCUUCCUCCUCGCUUCUUCUACUCUGGGAAUGUCCGAUGCCGCGCUGCAUCCUUUUUAAUGCCAAAAACCAAACCAAGAGGUCGGCCCUUCGCUUCCUGCAGGCGGCGUGAGGCCGAACCUCACCUCAGGCACUGUUUUUUUUUUUUUUUUUUUAUAUAUAUAUAUAUUAUUGUGUCUUUCGGUUCACAUAUUUAGGUAUCGCAUUUAUUUUUCUCCCAAGUGGUAAGCUCCUCCAUCUCCUCCUGUUUUGUAAAUUGUAUAAUCAAGAACUGCCGUGUUCAGCAACAACCAUGAUCGAACUCUGCUUAUUCUAACUAGUUUUUGCAUCAUUGUCUUUUAAUUUUAUAUCAGCCUGGUAUCGAAAUUAUGUUUUUUUUGUUUUUUUUUCAGCCUUGCUUUUGGAAACAACUUUUAUUCCCGACUUCACUCAUUCAGAGUGUAACAACGUCUAGAAAAACUGCUCUCGAGGUGCUUUAACAUGAAUUUAUUUGAACUUCUUGUGCAGAUUCUAUUUUAAAGACAUUUCCGAUUUGAAUCUUUUAGCGCCGUUUGUGUACUGCAAUUUAUUUUGUAAUGUCUUGUUUUUAUUGUAAAAAGUCACAUAAUAAAAUUGUGAUGGGGGGAAAAAAACUGAA